CUAUCUACCUGAUGAGAUCUAGACGUGUCUUUCUCGAACAAGAAUUUUAAAAAACAAAACAAAAUAAAACUAUUUGCCAAGAAAAAAGCAGACACUUCGCAAUCACUUACGUGUUGGAUACUUAAUUUGACACACUGUGCGCUUAGUGUCCUCUUCAACCUUUUCUUUUUCCUUCAAGAAAUUUCUCGUUUCUUUUGUUUUGUUUUUGUCAAAAUCAAAUAGGAUCUUCUUCCACAACCAAAAACAAAGGCUCUGUGAAGAUGAUCAAAACAAUCUCAUCUAUACGCAAAAGUCUGCUGGCUCUACCUAUUCAUGUACAUAUUCGUAAGCUACAAACUUUCUCUAAGUACAACGCACAAGCUGCCUCAGCCUUAGAGGAGCGUAAAAAACUUUUUUAUCAAGAUGAUGAGUAUGCGGAUAUGGAUUGGGACAAUCUCGGGUUUGCUCUCACUCCAGCUGAUUACAUGUACGUCAUGAAAUGCUCAAAAGACGGUGAGUUCACCAAAGGGGAACUUAGUCGUUUUGGAAAUAUUCAGCUAAGUCCUUCUGCUGGAGUCUUGAACUAUGGACAGGCGAUUUAUGAAGGUACAAAAGCAUACAGGAAAGAAAACGGGAAGGUUCUUCUCUUUCGCCCGGAUCACAACGCUGUCCGGAUGCAGCAUGGAGCUGAACGUAUGCUCAUGCCUUCUCCUUCGGUUGAUCAGUUCGUUGAUGCUGUUAAACAAACUGCUUUGGCAAACAAACGUUGGAGGUUUCUUUUGAGAUCGGAGUGGUGUGUACUUGGUCAGGUUCCUCCUUCAGGUAAAGGGUCUUUGUACAUUAGACCUCUAUUGAUGGGAACUGGUCCAGUUCUUGGUUUAGGACCUGCACCUGAAUAUACAUUCAUUGUCUAUGCAUCUCCAGUUGGUAACUACUUCAAGGAAGGUGUUGCUGCUCUUGACCUCUAUGUAGAAGAAGAAUAUGCUCGUGCAGCUCCUGGUGGAUCUGGAGGCGUCAAGAGCAUCACAAACUAUGCCCCGGUUUUGAAAGCACUGAGUAGAGCCAAGAGUCUUGGGUUUUCAGACGUUCUUUACCUUGACUCUGUCAAGAAGAAGUAUCUUGAGGAAGCUUCUGCUUGCAACGUCUUUGUUGUUAAGGGUCGGAUAAUCUCAACUCCUGCAACUAAUGGAACAAUUCUUGAGGGGAUUACUAGGAAGAGUGUUAUGGAGAUCGCAGGUGAUCAAGGUUAUCAGGUAGUAGAGAAGGCAGUUCAUGUGGAUGAAGUAAUGGAUGCAGAUGAAGUUUUCUGCACAGGAACUGCUGUAGGAGUUGCUCCUGUAGGCACUAUAACAUAUCAGGACAAACGAGUAGAGUAUGAAACUGGGGAUGAAUCUGUCUGCCAGAAACUGCGUUCGGUCCUUGUCGGUAUCCAGACAGGAUUGGUUGAAGAUACCAAGGGAUGGGUCACAUGUAUCAACUAAGAAACUACGCUGCAUUUUAUUAAAGCUGUGUAUAUACAACAGUGAAGAAUAAUUAUGUAGAUAUAGUUUAUAUUAUUAAUGUGACAGAAACAGAAAGCUCUUCUGCUCA